UCUCGGCAGCUGAAGAUAUUCGAUGUCUUGAUAAACACCGCCCAUUCUUAUCUUCCGAAGAUUUAGAGUCCCAAAUCAAGUCAAGUGAUGGCACACGACAAGCUUGUAAAUUUGAUGUUGGUGGUACUAGGAUAGAGGCUCCCAACAUGGAAGAAGCAGACGAUGAUGAUGAUGAAGAGACACAGGAGGAUAGGAAUAGUGCUGUGAAAUGGACAGAGGAUGAUCAGAAAAAUCUUAUGGAUUUGGGUUUUUCAGAGAUAGAAAGGAACAGGAGGCUGGAAAGUCUAAUUGCAAAAAGAAGAGCGAGAAAGUUAUUUAGCAUGCAGGUUGAAAGGGGCUGGGGUGGCAUGCGCAGUGUUCCUUCUAAUCAAAUUUCUCCAAUUUUUCUUGCAAGAAACAACACUAUUGAUCUAAGCAUUCUAGACGAAACUGAAGGCUUAGAAUUGCCUGAUACAGCUCCUUCUAUUUUGUUUCCGAAACAGAACCCAUUUGACCUUCCCUAUGACCCACUUGAAGAAAAGCCUAAUCUCAGGGGAGAUAGUUUUCAUCAAGAAUUCAUGGCAGCUCAUAAGGAAACGCUAUUCUGCAGGCAUGAAAGUUUCAGUUUAGGACCUUCUUUCCCAUUGGAAUCCAAGCAAGAUCGUCGCGGCAAAAGCUUUAACCCUUUUUUGGUUGCAGAGAGGAAAGGGGUAUUGGAGGGAUCGGGAUACUCCAAAUUCAAUAGGCAGCCAAGAAUUGGAGACCAUGUUCAGCGAAUGGAACAAUUAUUACAUAAAGAAGAUAUUCAUGGCACCCCUGGUCUUGUUGAAAUUGGAGCAGAAGCUCCCAAUCAGAUAAUAAACUCAGUGGAAAUCACGAAUGAAGAGGAUAUUAAUACAAAAAAUGACCCGAAUGACAUCAAAGGAGAGGAGGAAAUGGAAAGAUCUCACGGCAUGGAGUCGUUAAGCAGCAGUGAUGAGUCAAACUCAUUAUCUUCAUCUAUAGAAAAUGAACAGAACUUCAAUGCUUAUGUAGCAGGGGUUUUAGAAGAUGUGGAAUCAAAUCCUGCUCAAAAGUCUACAAGUUGUUUAGUGGUUGAGCCUGAAAAUGACCCAUUUGAUUCUAGCCCAUCAGCAAAUGAAAUGAACAGAAGGGGUGACCGGGGUUUAUUUGUUGGUCAGUGCUCUUAUCAGACUUCAAACUGCUCCAUAGCUUCCGAUUUGCAGGUGGAGGUCUCAGAAGUUGGUUCACCUCCACUAACAGUAGAUGGCUCCAAUUCAGCCACAGAUGGAGAAUCAUUGACAUAUGAUGAGGAAAGUGAAAAGGAAAACACUUUUGGCAGUGAAGAAAUGUGGGGAACCUCAUAUCAUCAAUCUGGAAUAGAGGAAAAUGAAGAAGAAUCAAGAGGAACACAUGAAGUCAGCCAGGGGGAUAUUGUAGGAUUAGAAUUGUCCCGACCCAACGAGACUUCUGAGGAUGUUGUUGCUAUAAAUCCACUAAAGGUAGAUGAUCAAGAAUCAACUGAUUUGAGUUCAUUGUCAUCCUCAACAAUAGACAUAUCUGGAGACAGUCAAGCUUGGUCAAUAAGCAUUGACCCCAAAAUCCACGAUGAUGUCAAACAAGUAGUUGAAGGAGUUUUGGAACCCAAAUCCCAGUUUUCUGAUUAUUCAGAUCCGUCUCCAUUUGGAAAUCUGAAAAAAACAAUGCAAUUGGAGUUGGUGCCUCAUUCAUAUGAAGUUCAUUCUGAAAAACCAGAGGACUUAUCAUACCCUCACAAGACGAAUGUUGUCUAUGAUUUCAAUCUCACAACAGACCCCGCAAUAUCCAACAUGGAAGAAUUGAAGAUGAAUGAAGACUCAGAUGAUGGAUGGCAGCUACUGAACAAGCAAGAAAUUGAAAAGCCUGCUGAGCAUCAAGCCAUAUCUGACUCUGAGAAACCAAUUGAGGAGAACUCAAAGCCUAGUGAUGAUGUUGGAGGAAAUCAAGUAAAGCUAACUGAAAAUGAGAGCAUAAAGCCAAUUGAGGCCAAAGAAUACUUUAAAUCGCCUCAAGAGAGUGGAGGUGAACGAAGUAUUGUAGAAAGUGGAGCUUGUAGGGUAAACCAAAAUUCUGAUGAUCCUAUUGCAUCAACUGCACAACAAGAUCUGGUGAUUGAAGAGGUCACUAUCAACUCAAGGCCAUCAUCGUCUCCAAAGUCCAUAUCAAUUCAAGCUUCUGGAGUAAACCAGACUUAUGAUGAUCAUAAUGCAUCAGCUGAGCAGCAAGAGCUGGCGAUUCAAGACGUCCUGAUCAACUCUUCAUCCUCAUCUCCAAAUUCCGUGUCCAUAGAAAAGAUCCCAAUCGAUCAAACCUCAUCAUCAAAUGCAAAUCAAAUGAUACACCUAGAUAUUUUACAAUCUCAUUUGGAGGACACUGCAAAAACUAGUACACUGGAUGAACAACCACCUCUGAAUUUAGCUCCAGAAAACUUGGAAUCAAUUCAAGAGAGUGGAGAUGAACAAAGUGUCUUACCAAGAGGAGCUUUUGGGGUGAACCAGAAUGAUGAUGAUCCCAAGGCACCAACUGAGCAGCAAGAGUUAGCAACUGAAGAUGUUCUGAUAAACUCUUCAUCCUCAUCUCCAAAGUCCUUGUUCACAGCAAACAUCUCAAUCGAUCAAGCCUCAUCAUCAAAUGCAAAUCAAAGGAUACACCUAGAUAUUUUACAAUCUCAUUUGGAGGACACAGCAAAAACUAGUACACUGGAUGAACAACCACCUCUGAAUUUAGCUCCAGAAAACUUGGAAUCAAUUCAAGAGAGUGGAGAUGAACAAAGUGUCUUACCAAGAGGAGCUUUUGGGGUGAACCAGAAUUAUGAUGAUCCCAAUGCAUCAACAGAGCAGCAAGAGUCGUCAAUCGAAGACAUCCUUAUAAACUCUUCAUCCUUAUCUCCAAAGUCUGUAUCGACAGGAAAGACCCCCAUGGAUCAAGCCUCAUCAAACUCAAAUCCAAAGAUACACGGAGAUAUUUUACAAUCUCAGUUGGAGAACACUGAAAAAGCCAGUACACUGGAUGAACAACCACCUUUGAAUUUAGCUCCAGAAAACUUGAAAUCAAUUCAAGAGAAUGGAGAUGAACAAAGUGUCAUAGCAAGUGGAGCUUCUGGGAUAUACCAUAAUUCUGAUGACCCAAAUGCAUCAGUUGCACGGAAAGAGUGGGUGAUUGAAGAGGUCACUACUAACUCAAGUUCUUCAUCAUCUCCAAAUUCCAUAUUAGCAGAAAAUAUCCAAAUUGGUCAAGCCUCAUCAUAUCCAAAUCAAAACAUACACAUGGAUAUCUUACAAUCUCUUUUGGAGGACAUUACAAAUACUAAUUCAUCGGAUAAACAACAAACUUUGAAUUUAACUCCAACUGGACCUCAAAAUGCAAAAUAUGCGGUGGAGGAUUCAAGUACUUACCCAUCUAAUAAUCGUGGUUCUGAAAAUUUGCUGGAACCAUGCAAUCCUCCAGAGAAGUCAACUGAAGAAACAAGCACUGUUGACAACUUGAAUGAACCCAAGCCUGAUGACAAGGAUGGAAACGAAAAUUCAGAAUCUUAUCAAGCCAUCAAAGAUGAAUCAGAAACAUGGAUCAGUCACACAGCUAGCACUGGCCUAUCAAAAUCAAUAGAAGACAACAAUAACAUACUUGGGACAAUGGAACCAGGGAAGUUUAUUGCAGAAGCCAGCACCAUUUACAAAGUCAAUGACCCAAUUGUCAGUGAGAAGGGAGCCAACGAGAAAUUUAAGUCUGUUGAAAAAAGUGAAGGUGAACCCCAACCCUUUAUCAAACAGGAGACCGUUUUGGAAUCCCCAGAACCAGAUGAGCCUACUGGUUCAAAACUCAUAGAAGAUUUCGAUGCGAACUCCAGAAAAUCUAGUGAAGGUGAAGCUAUUUGCGGUCCAUUAAAAUCAUUGGAGGAGAUCGAAGAUUCAAGAACAGAAGAAGAAACAGUAGAUUCAAGAAAACUACAUGAACAUGACACCAUAAUUCACCUGCCAAAGUCUGGUGAUACUACAUGUAAUUCGGAAGAAUCUCAAAAGUUGACAGAAUGUGAAGCGGUAGAUCCAUCAAAACUUGCUGUUGAAAAGGAAAAUCCGGACGUCCCUGCAACUAUUGUAGAAGAGGACCCAUCUAAUCUUGAUCUUCCAAUUAAGUCUAUCUCGGAAAGUUGAUUGACCAUAUAUGAAUGUCACUGAUCGGCCAAUUAAAGUUGAGGGCCAUGAUAGAUCAG